AUGUUCAAAGCCAACCCUGAAUUCGAGAAAGUCCAGGCCUCACGACCGGACUUCAACCAUGACGCGAAGGUCACAUACACCAAAACACCAAACCCCACAUGGCAAGAAGGCGGCGGUGGCAAUGAUGGAGGCGAGAGUUUGAAAAAGGACCACGUUGAGAUCGAUCCCAAUGAAGAGGGCCGGCCCGUCGCCUCAAACUAUAAGCUCCUGAUCUCGGGCAUGGUACCACGCCCCAUUGCACUCAUCAGCACCCAAUCCGCGGAUGGCAAAUCUACCAACCUCGCGCCAUUCAGCUAUGCACAGGUCAUCAACCAUGACCCGCCCCUCUUCACAGUCGGCUUUGCGGGAUCCAUGGACAAAGCCAAGGACACAAUGAAGAACCUGAAUGAGACGAAGGAAUGUGUCAUCAACAUCAUCUCCGAGCACUUCGUGGAGGCCGCAAAUGCCACUUCUAUCAAUGCGCCCUAUGGCGUCUCGGAAUGGGAGACUUCCGGCCUACACCAAGCCCCUACUUCCGUUGUGAAGCCGGCGCGUGUGAAGGAGUCUGUCCUCUCGAUCGAGGGAAAGCUGGUGGAGACCAGAGAGUUUGAAAGCAGACAAACACCCGGUAAGAAGACAGGAGUGCUGGCUAUCAUCGAGGGUGUCCGUUUCUGGGUGAGAGAUGAUGCUAUCGAUGAGGAGCGAACUGCUAUCGACCUCAAGGUUCUGAAGCCCAUCAGCCGACUGGGCGGCAUUUCGUAUGGUCGCACGACUGAAGCUUUGGAGAUCCCUAGACCGCAGUUCUAG